AUUAUGGUGCUUGAUAUUUUUUCCCCCUAAAAAAAAGAUGUCAGCCCCUGGCUGGAGUAUUCCUCCUUAAAAACCCUCUCUGAAAAUGUCAUGUCCCAACAAUGUGACUUCUAACUCGUUUUUGAUGGACUCGUUGGCCGGUACCUGUAGAGGGGAGAAUUAUUCCUCCAGCCAAGGGAUGUACAUGCAGCCUGGGAGCGAUUUCAGCUGCGGAGUCAUGAGGAACUGUGGAAUUAUCCCGUCUCUUUCCAAAAGGGACGAGGUGAAUAGCGCUACCUUGUCUCUCAGCACCUAUCCAUCUUACCUUUCGCAGCUAGACACUUGGUGUGACCCCAAAAAUACGUACAGGAUCGAGCAACCUGUUGCAAGACAGCUCCCAUCCUGCUCCUUCCCAACCAAUGUCAAGGAAGAGAAUGUUUGCUGUAUGUAUAACGCUGAUAAAAGAGCAAAAAAUGCCACAGAGACAGCCCUCUACCCCAACCAAAUGCCUGAGUCUUGCCUAAAUGACCAUGAAGUCCCCGUUCCUAGCUACUACCGAGCAAGCCAAGGUUACCCCUCCAUGGAGAAGACGUCAAACUGCAGCAAUCCAAAUGAGUUUGAGGCAAGUUUUGAAUCCAGGGCGAGCCUGAACCCAAGGAAUGAGCAUCUGGAACCAGCACCUCCACCUCCUCCACCUCCUCCGCCGCCCCCGGUGGCUAAAGUGAGUUUCCCCGAAAACACAAAAACAGAUAAUACUCAGAACACAUCCACGAACGAAAUUAAAACAGAAAAAAGCGCCCCAGCACCCAAAAUAAGUCCUUCGGAAGCAGAGAAAGACCUGAAUAAAAACACUGACACCAGCACUGACAAUUCUGACAAUGAAGCAAAAGAGGAUAUAAAGGCAGAAAACACUACAGGAAAUUGGCUGACAGCAAAGAGCGGAAGAAAGAAAAGGUGUCCUUACACCAAGCACCAGACGCUGGAGCUGGAGAAGGAAUUCUUGUUCAAUAUGUACUUGACCCGUGAGCGCCGCCUGGAGAUUAGUAAGAGCAUUAACCUGACAGACAGACAAGUCAAAAUCUGGUUUCAAAACCGCAGGAUGAAACUCAAGAAAAUGAACAGAGAGAACCGAAUCCGUGAACUGACUUCUAAUUUUAAUUUCACUUGAGUGUGCUCCAGCACCUGUGCAGGCGAGGGAGAGGGGAGAGCGAGAGGGGGAAGAAGGAAAAAAAAGGAGGAAAAAAAAAAAAAAAGCCUUGUGCAGUUGGGGGUUUAUUUUAUUUUAUUUUAAUUUUUUUUCCCCUCCUGGGUAUAAAUGCAAUGAGUAUGCAAAAAUUAAAGGACCUCAAGUGAUUUGGGUAUUUGCAGUUUGUAGAGAGAAGAUGCAGCGGUAUGAGCAUGAGGAUAUAUAUUGCAUCCGUGUUUCUAUGUAAAAUAAAGAUGGAGCUGGUUGCUAAAAACCACCUUAUAAAAUGUUUAAGUUAUUUACGUGCAGCACAAAACAGAAGGACCUUUCUCUAUGCAUUUUAUGUUUAGGAUAAUAGAUGCGUCCAAAAGUUUGCUUUUCAUAUUCUAGUGUAGUCUGCCUAUUGUAUAAUAAAAAUGACUAAAAGAUGGAUUUCAUAUAAGUGUCUGUAAAUUAAAGUUGCAGUGGGAACAUGCUCACAUCCUGUAGUUAUGCAGUUUCUUCCAAUGAAGUGAUACUAUCUACCAUAUAUUUAAGAAAAAAAAAAAAAAUAAAGCAGUAUUGGUAUCUUAUUAUGAAAAAGUCCAUUUCUCGUGGCUGUGUUAUUUAAAUAUAUUCUGUAUGUGUUAUACUUUGCAUGUAUCUUCCUUUAUGGAGCAAAAUAAAUUUCAUAGAACCGUGUACAAGUGGGUUUUUUAAAGUGUUUUUUUUUUUUUUAGAAACACUUUUUUCCCCUAUGUAGGUUUUUUUUCCUCAGGACUCAUCCUUUUAAGGCUUUCAGGAGAGUAUCCUAGCGGGUUUAAUAUAAGUGAGAGACCAUAACGUUGAUUUAAAUAUUAUCCAGGUGACCACAAUAAGUCAAGGUCAUAAAACAGUAAUGUCAGGACAGUCUUGGUAAGCGCUGGAGGUGGAUUUUAUGAUCUGCAAAUAUAAUGUGCUGCAGCAGUAAA